AUGGCGGAAGAUUUCGGGAAUUGCAAAAUUUGCUUGCAAAAAUCUGAUGGUAUUCAUUUUUCUGUUAUUUCUUGCAGGUAAGAUUGCGAGUGAGAGUAAAUUGGGAAGAAUUCGAAAAUUAUGACGUUUUUUGGAGCCGGCUCAUUUGACACGCAAUGAUGAAAUUUUUUUUUAUUAAAAGUCUAAAUUUUAAUUUUUGUAAACAGUAAAUAUAACAUGUUAUAACAUUAUUUCUAACUUCAAAAACUGAGAAAGAUUUCGAAAUUAUCUCAAUAAAUACAUUUACAUCUUUUAAGAUUUAAAAAGUUUAGCAAGAUAAGCAAAGAGAAUUAUCAGUUUUUUGAGAAACUGUUGGAACACUUUUAUAUUUUCCUGAAUCCAAAAAAAAACUGUAACCAAAGCUUCACAAAUUUAAAACAGUUUUCAGCUUCUUUUUUUAUUUAUUAACAUUGUUCAUACAUAUUUUUGUCUAACUGAACACCAGCCAGACAUUCAGAUAAUUGACUCAUUUUGAAAUGUAACAAAGUUAGAUAGCAAUUUGUAGUUUUCUGAAGAUGGCACGUUAUGUUUUUCAGAUUUCUGGCCUGGUAAAUCUAGCCAGAUUCUGAAUGUGGCACUUCUCAUGAAAAUUUUAGAAAUUAUAUUUGUCUCUUGAAAUUUUCAGAAUUUCAUAAAAAAAUGAGAAUGGUUGCUCUCCCAAACACCACGUCUAAAAACCAUUUCAACUUUUCCCAAUUUUCAGAGCAUGUGCCGCAUUUUUUCGUCGAACUGUUAUUAUGAAUCUACAAUACACUUGUAGUGAUCGAGAUCGAUGUCAAGUUGAAAAAGAUUAUCGAAAUAUGUGUCGAAGUUGUCGAUAUCAACGAUGUUUGCGGGAAGGAAUGAAAACAGAAUGUAUGUUUGGAAAAAUUACGUAGGCAUUAUUGAAAUGUGAAAAGUCUGACUUUUCAGCUGUUCAAAUUAAACGCGACUCAAUUGGUCGAAAGAAACCUUUUGCGGUAAAGUUUAUGUUAUUUGCAGUGAAUUAGGAGAACAGCCUUUCUGAUCUGAAAAAAAGACGGAACAAAUUUUUCUGGGUUUCGUGUGCAUUGAAGCAAAAGAGUAUUGUAGAAAAUGUUGUUUGUGUUUUGACAAGUUUUCCGGUCAAAAAACAUUUGGGAUUCAUAGAGUUAUUUUUGGUUGAUUUUAUUUUUGUCUUUGUUUUAUAAACAAAAGUUAGAGUUAGGUUUUUUGUUUAGAACUGGAAAAGCGGAGGAGGGGCAUUUUCAUAAAGCUCUGACAAAUAAAUUCUUGUUAGAUGACAAGCAAGUUCAUAAUUGAUCUGGAAAUCCAUUAAACAUUUUCAGAAAAGAAAAGAAAAAAAAGAUAUGAAUAAAAAUAGGAUAUUUUGAAAUUAAAAAUAUCAAAAACAACCAUUUUCUGAGAAAAUCAUGUGUACUUUCCACCACUUCCUCAAAAUGCCUAAUCCUAAAAUUUGUUUACGAAUCCUAUCUGAAAAUGGCAUGUUAUACGAAAUUUCGAGAAAAAGCAUUGUUUCAAUGAGCAGGAAACCAAGCAAUUUUAAUCUUUCUGGAAAUUCUCAAAAUAACCUCAUUUUCACGUCAUUCCACAUAAUUUCCAUUCAAGAAUAACUCAAAACAAAAUAAUGAAAACAAGAUCUAAUCUCAGACUCCUGCAACCACGAGUUCAAUGAGUCUUCCAAGUGGAUUGAGUGAAAAUUUCAAAAAACUGGAGAGUGGGGAAAAGAAAAGUAUUUUGUCACAAAUGUCAGAUGGAUAUGAUCAUUUUCUAAAAAUUCGAAAAGCCACAAACUCCCUAAUGCAAAAAAAUAUGUUGUCACUUCUCAAAGAUGAACAAACGGUGAGAUCUUUUUUGGAGACUUCAUAAUUGUUUCACAAAAAAAAUAUGUUCCUAGGAGCUUCAAUCCGCACAUUUUGAUUCAGCAAAACAAGUUUGUCAAGUUGAAGCUCAUCUCGUAACCGAUAUUGUGAAUACAUAUUUUCAUCCAUUCAGCAAGCUAAAAUUUGAAGAUAAAGUAAGUCAUGAACAAUUCAGACAUAACAUAAUUCCAGUUCAGGUUGCACUAUUCAAAAAUUUCUUUUGUUAUUUUUCACACACUGAUCGAGCAUAUCAAAGCUAUUUGCGUUUUGAACAAGAUUCUGAAAAUGAUAAAAUUGUGAUGCCGGAUGGUGGAUUUAUAAAAAAGGAUGAGCUUGAAAAGUUUUAUGAAAACUCGCAAGGUGUUCAUACAAGCGCGGAAGAUGCGGCAAAGUUAGUUUGAGUUUUAAUUUUUUCAGAAAAAUAAAUGAUUUGUAGAAUUUUUCAACCGGUGUUUGAUUAUAUUUUGGAAGUGAUUGUUGGAAACAUGAGGAAAUUGAGAAUUCGUGAAUUUGAAUAUUUGGCGCUCUUGGGGUUCUGCUUAUGGGAUGAUGGUGAGUUGUGCUGAUUGGAAACGAAUGUUUGAGAAGAUAAAAUUUGGAAGUACUAAAAAACCACAAUCAACCUUAUCAAUCUCCCAGCCUACCCCUCAAAUUUCCCACCCUGAACUACUAAUUCUGUUCUAUUUUGCAGCCGUUCCCGGCCUAUCGGAAGAAGCGAAAAACAUUGCAUCUGACACACAAAUCAUAAUUCUCAACGAGCUCCAGUGUUACUACACAUCAAAAAAUCUGACAAAAAUUUCAACACGUGUUGGUCAAUUGUUGUUGUUAGUGCCAAAACUAACGGUGGGAGUUUUUAUUAUAUUUUUUUCAAUUAAUAAUUUUUACUAUUUCUCACGAAAAAUCAGAAUCAGAAUAACAAGAUAUUUUUAGAAAUGCGUCAUAAUGGUUCGUGAAAAUUCGGUGCUCGCCGAGCUAUUCAAUUAUUAUGAGGCUGAUGUGUGUUGCAAGAAUUUCAAAAAUGACACUUCUGUCAAAUUGGAAUGCACCUCAACGUGCAUUGUUCACACAAGAACUCAAACUUCAUGA